AUGGAGGUAACAGAGCCUGAGAACCAGGAUUACAACCUCCAGCAACCAAUCACCUCCACCACAGGUUUGCGACAAGGACUGACAUCCUACGGAGAUGCCCAUUUUUCUCUGUUCCUGCGGAAGGUAUUCAUCAAAGCACUCGGAUACUCAGAGGAUGCGCUCUCCCGUCCUAUAAUUGGCAUAAUUAACACCGGCUCUGGCUUCAACCCCUGCCAUGGCAACACUCCGCAGUUGAUCGAAGCCGCUAAGCGAGGCAUCCAUCUUAACGGUGGUAUUGCCAUCGACUUCCCGACCAUUAGUCUGCACGAGGGAUUUUCGCAUCCGACAAGUAUGUUCCUUCGCAAUCUGAUGAGUAUGGAUACGGAAGAAAUGAUCCGUGCUCAGCCGGUCGAUGCUUGUAUUAUGAUUGGAGGUUGCGAUAAGACCGCCCCAGCCCAGAUCAUGGGAGGAAUCUCGGCAAACAAGCCCGUUCUGCCGUUAUUGACUGGGCCAAUGAUGCCUGGGAGUCAUAGAGGGAAGCGAAUUGGAGCCUGUACCGAUUGCAGAAACAACUGGGCUUCGUUUCGAGCGGGAGCUAUAGAUGUCGAAGAGAUUACCUCCAUUAAUGAGGAACUCGCGCCAACGAUCGGGACGUGUGGUGUCAUGGGCACAGCAAGCACAAUGGCGUGUAUCACGGCCGCAUUAGGGCUUACCCCUUUGCACGGCGCUUCGGCACCCGCUGUAUCAGCUGCAAGAUUGCGUAUAGCGGAACAGACAGGUGCCAAUGCAGUCGCCGCUGCGAAAGAGAAAAGAACACCACAAAAGAUUCUGUCGGCCGAUUCAUUCUACAAUGCCGCAGUUGUUCUCCAAGCCAUUGGUGGCUCCACAAAUGCCAUGGUUCACCUGAUGGCCAUUAUUAACCGACACCCUGAUCUCAUCGGCACAAUGAACCUCAACACACUCGAUGAAAUCGGCCGAACCACACCCCUCCUGGUGGACUUGAAGCCCAGCGGAGACAACUAUAUGACCGACUUCCAUAACGCCGGAGGAAUGCUAUGUCUUCUGCAUCGCUUACGACCUUUGCUUCGUGAAACCGCGAUGACUAUUACGGGCGAGACGCUAGGAGAUAUACUAAACCGAACACCAUUCCGGGACUUCGAGUACUCGCGCAAGAUUAUCCGAACACUCUCCGACCCGCUCUGCCCGUCUUCUUCAUUGGUGGUUGUGGCGGGCAAUAUAGCCCCCAACGGGGCCGUCAUCAAAGCAUCCGCUUCGAAAGAUAAACGCCUCCUCCGGCAUAAAGGUCCCGCAGUGGUAUUUGAGAACCCCCAGGAAUUGGCUAAAAGACUGGAUGACCCUGAGCUUGAGGUAACUGCGGAUUCUGUGCUCGUUCUGCGGGGUAUCGGACCGAUUGGAAAUCCUGGAAUGCCUGAGGCGGGUAUGAUUCCUAUUCCACGCAAAUUGGCAGCCCAGGGAGUAUCAGAUAUGUUGAGAAUAUCGGAUGGGAGAAUGUCUGGCACGGCUGGAGGGACGAUUAUAUUGCAUGUUUCUCCCGAGUCUGCAGUACCGGACUCGCCAUUCGGUGUUAUUAAGACGGGCGACGUGAUUAUCUGUGACGUGGAGUCUCGGUUGUUGCGGCUGGAUAUUAGUGAUGAAGAGCUUCAGGAAAGAAUUGAACAGCGAAAGCAAGCACUCACGGAGUCAGAGGAGUCGACGUGGAGGAAGAGACAGCAUACAAGGGGAUACAGGGGGCUUUAUGAGCGGGAGGUCAACCAGGCGCAUCUGGGAGCUGAUUUUGGGUUCCUGACUGCAAAUGGGCCAGCCAGU